AAGCAAACGACUUUAGUCCCAUCGGUUUGUUUCUUUGGUUUCGGUUAUAAAUUCGAACCGAAACGAAACGAACCGAACCGAACCCAACUCUUGAGCUUCUUAAUUUUAUAAAAGAUGAGACGAUAUUUGAUUUAUUCCGGAGAGUUUAGUAACACACUCCCCCUAAUGUUCUUCUUCUUCUUCUUACUUGCCUCUGCGCCGCGUUAUCUCUCAUCCUCUCCAUGAAUUCCUCCCAAGCUUGCUUCUUCCACUCUCCCCUUCGACCUAUCUCGCUUCCGCAACCCUCCUUUGGCUUCGUCUCUAAGCGGGACCCAUCUCUGUGCUAUCAACCAUUUCGAUCCAGAAGAUGCCUCACUACGAAUUUGAAUAUUUCAAGAACGAGAGAAACCUGUUUCUUACAUUUGAAUAGAAGAGAAAGGAAGAGUUUUUCUGUUAGUUAUUCCGAUAAGCACAUAAACGAAUCUAUUGGCAGCGAUGAGGUUCAUACAGAUGCUUUGGAUGUGGAGAUUGUUCCUCAGAGCUCUGUUUUGUCCAAAGCACUUCAGGAUAAUAAUAAUAGGCCAAAGUCUUUUAGGAACAGGUUUCUCGAUUUUGUCCGGAUAAGUUCAGUGCUGAAUACCGCAGCGGAGAGGUUCUUUAAGAGCGAGAUAAGGAGGAGGUUGUUUGUGACGGCUGUGUUGCUUGUACUUAGCCGCGUUGGGUAUUUUAUCCCUUUGCCUGGGUUUGACAGGAGGUUAAUACCUCAGGAUUAUCUUAGCUUUGUCUCAGGUUCUGUUGAGGAAUUGGGUGAGUUUGGAGCAGAGAUCAAGCUUUCUCUCUUCCAGCUUGGGCUGAGUCCACAGAUAAUAGCUUCCAUACUUAUGCAGGUGCUUUGUCACGUUCUUCCAUCAUUGGUGAAGCUAAGAAAGGAAGGCUUAGAUGGUCACGAGAAGAUCAAGAGUUACAUAUGGUGGCUAUCGUUUUUCUUUGCGAUAGUGGAAGGUAUAGUGGUGGCUUGCACCUCUCUCCAAUAUUCUGUUUUUGCAGCCACAGCUCAGGUCAAGCAUGUAAUGUUGACAGCAUCACUGCUAGUCUGCGGUGCAAUGACGAUGACUUGGCUGUGUGAUACGAUAUCAGAAUCUGGAUUUGGCCAUGGAUCAUCUCUAAUUAUUUGUGUGGGAAUAUUGACCGGCUACACAGAGACCUUACACAAGAUGCUUAAUCAAAUCUCAGGAAGUUUCACGAAUUGGUUGCCUUACUUGUUGGGCGUGCUGGGCAUUUUCACGGUAGUAACUAUGUUCGCGGUUGUUGUUACUGAGGGAUGCAGGAAGAUAAAGCUACAAUAUUAUGGCUUUAAACUUGCUUCUGCUUCGAGAGAAGGUUCUCCAAUAACAGAGGUGGAGCCAUACAUACCUUUUAACAUUAACCCAGCAGGGAUGCAGCCUGUUCUCACAACCACUUACCUCUUGGCAUUUCCCAGCAUUCUUGCAAGCAUUGUGGGUUCACCGUUCUUGUUACACGUGAAGGAGAUAUUAAACCCUGAAAGCACAGUUGGGGCACCGCCUUGGGUUUACUACUCAGUCUAUGCGUUUUUCGUGUUUCUCUUCAACAUCUUUGACAUUGCCAACUUGCCGAAGGAAAUAGCCGAUUACUUAAAUAAAAUGGGAGCUAGAAUACCAAACAUAAAGCCUGGGAAAGCCACAAUCGAGUACCUAACGAAGAUACAAGCAUCAACCAGAUUUUGGGGAGGUCUACUGUUGAGCUUUUUAGCAACAUCAUCCAGUGUACUUGACCACUAUCUACGCAGCAUCAAUCAAGGCUUUUCUAUCGGGUUUACAUCGGUUUUGAUCAUUGUUGGUUCCAUUAUUGAACUCAGAAGAUCUUACCAUGCCUACAAUGUAAUGCCGAGUUUGAGCAAAGCUUUGAAGAGGUAUGGUGUAUGAUGGGGAUUCAAGAAACGUGAGAGAUGAUUAUAUAUGUUUGUUGUUUAGAGUUUCUGUAACUUUUUCUUGUUUUAGAUUAGGUAGAUUAUUUGUAUUAUCAAAUUUCAGAUAUACAUUAGCAUCAUUGUCUUCAAACCAAGAAGAUUCAUAGACACAAGUGUCAAGUUUCAACUUUAUAUUUUGCCAAACAAUAAAGAUCAAUAGAGUUAUUAUUACUUUUA